CUCAAAAUGUCUCGAUUAACAAUUGUGUCCUUCAUAAUUAUCUCGAUUGGCAUAGUAUCAGCCGGUGUUAUACCUGAUGGAUUAUACCGGAUGGAGAAUCGCAUCAUCGGUGGAUACGAGACAACUGUCGACCACUUCCCUUACCAGAUAUCAAUCCGCUUUUUAGGAUCCCAUCGCUGUGGGGCAUCUUUGAUUCAGCCCAACUUCAUAUUAACGGCAGCGCACUGUGUUUACGGAGCAACAACCCUUUUCCUUCGAUUUGUAGCAGGAUCCAGCUUCCGUAAUAGUGGUGGUGAAUCAUUGUACGUGGGAAAAGUUAUCAUUCACGAGGAUUAUGAACCAUCAACAGGUACCAAUGAUGUUGCAGUUGUGAGAAUGGAUGGCUUCUAUGAAUAUACGAACUUGAUCCAGCCAAUUGCCUUGGCCAGUAAAGCACAGCGAUUCCGGAUAGGAACAAAGGCUGUAGUUUCUGGAUGGGGAACUGAAGAAGAAGGCGCAUCAGUUAUCCCGGUUCAGCUGAGAUACACAUAUGUCUAUGGUUUCGAUUUCGACGAAUGCGCUGAGGCGUAUACAGAGAUUAAUCCAGUGGUACCUGGAAUGAUUUGUGCCUUUUAUCCUGGUGGCGGAAAGGAUGCAUGUCAGGGAGAUUCAGGAGGACCUAUGGUGGUAGGCGAUAAGCAAAUUGGUAUUGUAUCAUGGGGACAAGGCUGUGCAAGGGCUGAGUAUCCAGGAGUUUAUACAGAUGUUGCAUACUAUAGAGACUGGAUAGAAAAGUCACUUCUUUUGUAGAAUUAUAAGAACCAUUUAUCAAUAAAUAAGACGUGAAAAUGAAA